AUGUCCGCAGAUGCUUCGUCCAAUGCAUUGGCCUCCCAGCUCCUCAAGUCGCCAUGGAACAAGGAGAGCGACAGAGCAAGCCUUUUAAACCUGUUAGUUGCCGGAGGCAGGCACAGCAGCACAGCGUUAGCAAUUAUGUUCCAGAAAAAAAGGCAAGAUAACAAGGGAACUAGACUUCACUGCAGGCACCGGAGUAACCAGCAACCUAAAAUCAGCAUUUGA